CGCAAUCCAACAUGGCUGAAGAGACGAACCCCCCCGCUCCUGUUUCUACAGGCGAGAACGCCGCCGCUGAUGCUGCCGCUGAUGCUGCCGGUCCCUCCAAGAAGGCCGCCAAGAAGGCCGAGGCCAAGGCCAAGAAAGAGGCGCUGAAAGCCCAGCGAGCUGCUGAACGAAUUGCAGUUGCCUCAACCUCCAACGAGCCCGAAGAAGACCCCGCCAAAGAUUUCUACGGCCCCGCCACUCCGGCCCUGCUCGCCUCUUUCUCGGCCGAUGCUGAAGACGUCACCCUUCGAUCUAUCAGCGAGUCUCACAUCGGAAAGAAGGUUGUCAUCCGGGCAUGGCUCCAGAACACACGUAUGCAGGGCGCAAAGAUGGCCUUUGUCGAGCUGCGUGAGGAGGGCAAUUGGGCCAUCCAGGGCAUUGUCGCGGCUACUGGUGAUGCCAAGGCCGAGGGCGACUCUGCGCCUGUCAUCAGCAAGCGCAUGGUCAAGUGGGCGGGAGCUGUCAACCCCGAGAGUUUUGUGACGGUCGAGGCAACGGUCGAGAAGCCUUUCGCCCCCGUCAAGAGCUGCCGUGUUUCCGAUUUCGAGCUGCACAUUACCAAGAUCUUCGUCAUUGCUGCUGCCCCGGCUACCCUGGGCAUGACAAUGGCCGCGGCGAACCGUGCAGUCACCAACUUUAGCGAUGAGGAGGUCAAGCCCGAGGAGGGUGCCCAGGAGAAGGAGGCUGAGAGUGGCCCUCCAGCCGCCUCUAUGCUGACUCACUUGGACAACAUUGUCAUGCACAAGCGAUCGCCCGUUCAGCAAGCUAUUGCCGAUAUCCGUGUCGAGGUCAAGCACUUGUUCCGCGAUUACCUGAGGGAACACGGAUUCAAGGAGUUUGAGCCGCCGUGCCUCAUUGGAGCUGCUUCAGAAGGCGGCGCCAACGUUUUCGCCAUGCCCUACUUCAACCAAAAGGCGUAUCUUGCUCAGUCACCCCAGUUCUAUAAGCAGUUUGAGAUUGCUGGUGGCCGAAAGCGCGUCUUCAGCAUUGGACCCGUGUUCAGAGCUGAGAACUCCAACACCCCCAGACACAUGACUGAGUUCACCGGUCUCGAUAUGGAAAUGGAAAUCCGCAAGGACUACCAUGAAGUCCUUUCCAUGCUUGAAGGUGUGCUGCUGCACAUCUUCCGUGGUAUUGAGAAGCACUGCGCUGCCGAAGUCGAACUCAUUCGUUCCGUCUAUCCUUCCCAGGAGCUUCUCCUCCCCGAACCUGGAAAGGAAGUGCGCUUGACAUUUGCAGAGGCCCAGAAGCUGCUUCGUGAGGAGGGUCCCGAAGAGUUCCGCAACGUUCGUGACGAUGAAGAUAUGUCAACACCGCAGGAGAAGGCCCUGGGUGCGCUGGUUCGUGAAAAGUACAAGACCGAUUUCUUUGCAGUCGACAAGUUCCCCGAAGCCGCGAGACCCUUUUAUGCCAAGGUCGACCCUGCUAGCAAGCCCAAUGAGCCAGUCACCAAUGCCUUCGACAUGUUCCUGCGUGGACAGGAGAUUCUGUCCGGUGGUGAACGUAUUGCCGACCCCGAUGAGCUUGAGGCUCGCAUCCGUUUCAAGGGAGUUGAUCCCACCAGCGCUGGAAUCAAGGAGUACAUUGGAGUCUUCCGCCAGGCCGGUGUACCUCCUCACGGUGGAGGUGGUAUCGGCCUUGACCGUGUUGUUGCAUGGUAUCUUGCUCUGCCUAGCGUCCACUUGGCCGCCUAUUACCCAAGAACACCCAAGAAACUACUGCCAUAGAUGUCCUAGAAAAAGAUGGUGCUACAGCAUUGUAUGAUGUUGGUGUUUUGUGGCAAAAUAAAAUACCAAAAAGAUGAAUAGAAAGCCUUGAGUUGAGUGAUCAG